AUGCGGGCACUGUACGCGGCCCUUCUCCUCCUCCUCCUCGUGACCGGGGCAUGCGGGAAGAAGGCGAGCACACCCCAGCAGGAAGCGUGUUGCGCGGCGCUCUUGUUGGAGGGUCCCGUAGGGUCCAAGGGUCACGACGGGAAGUACCAGCUACCCGUUGCGUGCCGUGACCUGGUCGGCUGCCCGAGCCUUGGGUUCAAUCCCCAAGCACACAUCGACAUCGACCCGGCGAGCGAGGCCCUCCGCCAGCAGUCCGCCCUGCGCGAGGACUCCUCGUGUCCGCGCGCCGAGUGGGAGGGCAGGUGCCCGCCCUCCUCCACCAUGCUCCUGGCGAGCAGGAUGGGGGGAUCCUGCAUCGCUGCGGGAUGUGUCCACCGCGAGACCCAGUCGAUGGUGGGGGGCGAUGAUGAGCUUUUGAGGGUGAUCACCUCAGAGGUGACUGAGAGACUGCAGGCUGAGAAGCCUUACCUUACUCGGUCGUUCUACGCCCACGUGCGGGGACUUCGGCGUUUCUUCGCCAAGAGUAACCUUCCUUGUGUUCUGGCUACCGAAUGUAUUCGGAGAGUUUCUGCUGCUGCUGUGGUGAGCUGGCCCAUCGGAUAG